CUGCACUACGGGACCCUCCUGGGCAGCAGAGCUUGUGCCCACAUGGCAGCAGCUGCCUGGGCCAGUGGUCUUCUCUAUGCUCUCAUGCAAACAGCCAAUACAUUUUCCCUGCCCCUGUGCCAUGGCAAUGCGCUGGACCAGUUCUUCUGUGAAAUCCCACACAUUCUCAAGCUCUCUUGCUCCAGAUACUACCUCAGGGAACUUGGGCUCAUUGUGGUUGGUGCAUCCUUAGGUUUUGGUUGUUUUGUGUUCAUGGUUUUCUCCUAUGUGCAGAUCUUCAGGGCUGUGCUGAGGAUCCCCUCUGAGCAGGGAGGGCACAAAGCCUUUUCCACCUGCCUCCCUCACCUGGCUGUCGUCGCCCUGUUUGUCAGCACCUCAUUUUUUGCCUACCUGAAGCCCCCUUCCAUCUCCUCCCCCUCCAUGGAUGUGGCCCUGUCAGUUAUGUACUCGGUGAUACCUCCAGCCGCGUUCCGCGCCUCCUCCGCGAGCCCCUGCCAGAACGCCUGCGCGUGUUCCCCCCCCCCCCGAUGGCGAAUUCCUGUUACCCGAGCUUCUUCCCGGGUGUCGGCACCAGUUGUUGCCUUCUGA